UAUUACACGAUCUUUGUUUUUAUUCAGCUACGUUGCACGUCAUAGAAACUAUUGGAAAAAUCAAAAUGUGCCGCAUGAGAAAUACUCCAUUUUCGGACACACUCGCCGCAUGAUGUCUAAGACAUUUCACGAGCUUGAUCAAGAGCGGUAUAUUAAAUAUGGAAAAGUCUAUGGAAUGUUCGAAGGAGGAAAGCCUUCCCUUUUUAUUGCAGAUCCGGAGCUCAUCAAACAAAUACUUGUAAAAGACUUUCUGAAGCUUCCAAAUAGAAGGAGCGUGAAGUUUCACAAUCCGCUUCUCGACAACCUGAUGAGUGUGGUGUCAUACAAGCGUUGGAAGGUCAUCCGUUCUGUUUCAACCCCAGCAUUUUCCAGUGCAAAACUGAACAAGAUGUUUUCCCUUAUUGAAAGCUGUAUUGAUGUCACAAAAAGACACCUUAUUGAUGCGGCAGAAAAGGAACAAGAUCUGGAGCUUGGCCACUUUUACGGAAAUUACACACUCGAUGUCAUCGCCCGGUGCGCAUUUGGAACAACUAUGGAUUCCCACUCUGAUCAAACCAACGAUUUUGUGAGGAUGUCAAAGAUAAUUAGCGGUGGAAAAAAGAACCUCGCGUUAGUUUUGACAUUCGUGUUUCCUGCUCUCGCGAAGCUGCUGAAGUUAAAACUAUUUAAUGAGGAAUCAGUGAUGUAUUACAAAGAUCUCAGCUCCGCAACGAUGGAAACAAGGCGUAAAACCAAAACGAAACAAGAUGACUUUCUGCAAAUCAUGAUAGACGCACAAGAAAGGAACAGGACACUUGAUGUGUCUCAAGGCGGAGAAGAGGAUGCUGUCAAAUUGUUCGACAUUGAUUCUAAACUUACAGAUGAAGCUCCACUCUCAUCUAAAACUCUUAGCGAAGAGGAGGCCCUGUCGCAAUGCAUGAUGUUUAUUUUAGCUGGCCAUGGCACAACAUCAUCGGUUAUUGCGUUCUCCCUUUACCUUCUGGCAUUGAAUCCAGAGGCACAAAACAAGCUCAGAAAGGAAGUUGAUGUGUGCGUCAAAGAGAAUGGUCCAAAACCAAGCAUGGAUGCAAUUGAUAAGCUACAAUAUCUUCACGGGGUCGUUUCCGAAGCAUUAAGGAUAUUUCCUCCAGCUUCCAGAUUGGAGAGAGAAACAACCGAAGAGUAUGUACUCGGCAAUACAGGAAUCAAAGUGCCCAAAGGGUGUGUUGUAGCCGUGCCUGUCUGGGCGAUCCACCACGAUCCGCAGUACUUUCCAGAUCCACAUAGCUUCAAACCUGAAAGGUUCAGCAAGGAAAAUGUGGAUUCAAUUCCGCCUUACGUUUAUUUGCCAUUCGGCGCCGGUCCAAGAAACUGCAUUGGCGUCAGACUCGGUCUCCGUGCUGUCAAGAUGGCUUUAUUUCAUUCUAUCUGCAAUGUCGAGUUUGUACGAACUGCGAAAACAAAGGUGCCACUGGAACUCUUCAAAGGCUUCGGAGUUAUCAGUUCGUCGGACAUCACAGUUGGAGUGCGAAAGCGCACAUCAUGAACAUCCUAGUCACCCGCUAAGCAUUAAACCCUGAAUAGUAAAUUGCCAAACAUGUAAUUUGUAACUCAAUUUUAGUAAAGACUAAGGUGCCGGCGUGCACCAUAGUCGAAAAUUAAGGGAACGUAAACAUGUAACUGAUGUGCUGAUCAUGGCUUUAAGAAUUAAAAAAGUAAACUUUUUCUCACAAAUUACAUUGCUCAAAAAGUAAAUCCAUAAGAACACUAAGACCACAUAAAAAUGCGUGUUAUAUUCUCAAAAAGCCGUUCAUCGUAUUAUGUAUAUUGACUACACGUAUUGACAUGUUGAAUUUAUAAACUGUUUUACAUUGUAAUAUUCAAAUUCUAAAAUUUAAAAACCUAACAUGUCUUAUAGCAUUUUUCAAUGACCCUAAACUAGGGUUCGCAAAAAACACCCUCAAAUGUGUUUGAAAAUAAAAUGUUGGGAAAUGUGUUUGAAAAUAAAAUGUUGGUAUACAUAAUAAAGGCAUAUCAGAAUCAGAA